AUGACGUCCACCUCAGAGACCAGUCCACCUCUGACACCAGUCCACCUCAGAGACCAGUCCACCUCCGAGACCUGUCCACCUCCCACAAACCUGUCCACCUCUGAGACCAGUCCACCUCUGAGACCAGUCCACCUCCGAGACCUGUCCACCUCCAACAGACCAUCCAUCUCUGAGACCUGUCCACCUCCCACAAACUUGUCCACCUCUGAGACCAGUCCACCUCUGAGACCAGUCCACCUCCGGGACCAGUCAACCUCUGAGACCAGUCCACCUCCCACAGACCAGUCCACCUCUGAGACCAGUCCACCUCCCACAGACCUGUCCACCUCCCACAGACCUGUCCACCUCCCACAGACCUGUCCACCUCUGAGACCAGUCCACCUCCCACAGACCAGUCCACCUCCCACAGACCAGUCCACCUCCCACAGACCAGUCCACCUCCCACAGACCAGUCCACCUCCCACAGACCUGUCCACCUCUGAGACCAGUCCACCUCCCACAGACCAGUCCACCUCCCACAGACCAGUCCACCUCCCACAGACCUGUCCACCUCUGAGACCAGUCCACCUCCCACAGACCAGUCCACCUCCCACAGACCAGUCCACCUCCCACAGACCAGUCCACCUCCCACAGACCUGUCCACCUCUGAGACCAGUCCACCUCCCACAGACCAGUCCACCUCCCACAGACCAGUCCACCUUCCACAGACCUGUCCACCUCCCACAGACCAGUCCACCUCCCACAGACCUGUCCACCUCUGGGCUAUAUUAA